AUGGCUAACAUUUCGUCGGUUCUUAGUGUCACGUCAGAGAAUCUAUUAACAGGGGAAUUAACAAGGCCUUCCUCAACAGCUUUCCCAGAAAACACAACAUUUGAUUCUGAAAUCUAUGGAGACUAUGGUGAAUAUCUUGACGAUGGUGACUAUGGUGAAUAUGGCUCGUGUGUUUACGAGCGACAUGGAGCUUCUUUUCUUCCGGGCAUCUACUGUACAUUCUUCCUCCUGGGCUUUGUCGGGAACUCUCUGGUUGUGUGGGUCAUCGUCUGUGGUGUGCAACUACGCAACAUGACUGACGUGUGCCUCCUGAAUUUGGCCGUUGCGGAUCUCCUGUUGGUCGGCUGCCUUCCCUUCUUAGCCUACCAAAGCCGGGACCAGUGGAUAUUUGGGGACACUAUGUGCAAAGUGUUGCUGGGUAUUUACCGUAUCGUUUUUUAUUCGAGCAUUUUUUUCAUCACGGUUAUGAGCAUUGACAGGUACUUAGCAAUAGUGCAGGCAGUUUAUGCCAUGAGGGCACGAACACGCUCCUUUGGUAUAUUUGCAGCCAGUGUCACAUGGGCAACAGGAUUUUUGGCCUCUUUUCCUGAACUCAUCUACCUAAAACAGCAGCCAGGUCCCAUGAACUCCACAGUCUGUUACCCCGUGUAUUCCACAGACACAGAUCAUCACUUCUGGUGGGUUUUUGGCCUUUUUAAAAUGAACAUUUUGGGCAUGUUGAUUCCCAUCGUCAUCAUGUCUUUCUGCUACUCGCAAAUAAUCAGGCGGCUGCUUUCCAGUCAGUCAUCAAAAAGACAAACCAUCUAUUUGGUCGUCACUGUGGUUGCCGUCUUCUUCUUAUGCUGGGUGCCCUACAAUGUGGUGUCCUUCUUCCAAGCACUUGAGCUGUUGCAUGUUUACACAAAGUGCAAUAGCAGCAAAGUCAUCAGAUUGGCUGGACAAAUCACAGAGGUCAUCGCCUACCUCCACAGCUGCCUCAACCCUGUGCUGUACGUGUUUGUGGGACAGAAGUUCCGGAGGAACCUACUGAGGUUGAUCAACCGGACUCCCUGUGGUCUGUGCCAGCGUCUCAAGGUACUCAUACCACAGCAACAAUUGAGCAGGUUCAACAUCUCCCAAACCAGCAGCCUGGAUGAGAGGAGCACAGCUGUAUGA